AUGGACAUCACCGAGCUUCUUACAACAAUGGAUCUAGAACGCGGGGUAGAAGAGGUCGUGGACCUCAGAGCACUGGACUAUGUCUCAACAUACGACGAGCAUCUAAUGUGCCCUAUAUGUCACUGCCCCUUUAUACGACCCUUGCGACUACAGUGCGACCAUGUGUUUUGCCAAAAAUGCAUCAACGACGCCAUCAUGUCAACUGAUUCUGACUCGCGUGACUUUCGAUGUCCGUCUUGUCGUGCUCGUGGUGACAUCAGUGGCAAGGUGCCAAAGAUAUUGAUUAAUAUGUGUGAUGAUGUGCGCGUACGAUGUCCGUAUUCCGGUGAAGGGUGCGCCGAGAUUAUGGCUCGUGGACAUGUGCAGUUGCAUGUGGACAAGUACUGUGAUUACAAGUUGAUGAAAUGUCCGGAUUUCACCUGCGAGCAAAAGACGCGCAAGAAGAAUAUAAACACCGAAAGGUGUAUGCAUCAUACGGUGAAAUGUGAAGCUUGCGAAGAGGACGUCAUGGAGCAGGAUUUAGAGGAACAUCAAGACCAACACUGUCCUAGCUUACGGACAACUUGUCCUGAUUGCGGCGCUAUGAUAUUUCGUAGCGCAUUAGAGCAGCAUAUUGAGACGUGUCCUGAAGCUAUUCACCCAUGCCAGGCAUCAAAAUAUGGAUGUCCGACUAAGCUUAAGCGUUCGGAACUGACGAUUCACGAACGAAGUUGCCCGUUGAUUACCAUGGGCCCAUAUCUAGAAGUGCAAAACUCACGCAUUGACUCGCUUGAUAUGACGAUCCGACAACUACGACAGAGGAAUGAGAUUCUUGAAGAUGGGAUCGCCAAUAUCCGCUCCACUCUAAUGGAAAGUGCGCGUAUCAUGCCUGAAAUUCGAAAUCAACGCCAGUCUUCCAGUGACGACGUGGCCCAGAACCAAUCUCAAUCUGGACCUAGAGAGGUUGAAGACAAUGAUCGCUCAUCACAAUUAUCAUCCUCUACCGCUAUGACAUAUCUCCUAUCCCUGCAUGAGUCUCUACGAGAAGAAGUAUCUCAGCUAUCACACGCAAUGACGGACCUUGAUGCUCGAGCAAGUAUGGCCAUCUUGAACGAAAGCAUGCGUGUCAAGGAAGACUUGGCUCAUACAAGCGCCGCAAUCAAUACAAUACGAAUGCAAAUGCAUUGGCUGUUGAAUCCUCGGUUACAACAAGGCCAUCGACUUGGAGGAGCAACUGGAGGAGCAGGAGAUGCAAGCCCUGGUCCGAGUCGACCAGCCCCUAGGCCUGGACCUGGGCCUGGAUAUGGUGGUUUGACUCCACGACGGUUGAGUGAUACAAGUCGCGAGGGGACGAAACUGUAG